ACAUAAAACUUUACAACCAGAUGUAAAGCAAAAUAACCAGCUGGCACAAGGACACCCUGAGUUAUUAACUGCUCAACAAACUUCAGAUGGAAAUGCACAUAAGAUGUAUUUUAAAGAAAGGAAACAUCUUAAUUCAGUUAGACUGAACAAUCAACAUAUAAAUUCUAGGUCACCUAGAGGAUUUUAUAAUGAAAGAAGUGACCAUACUUCUCAAUUCUUGCCUAGUGGUGGUGGCAAUAUCUUGUCAAAUACAAGUUCUCCAAAUAUUUACAAUAUGGACAGUCUUCCUACUGUAAAUCUGAAUAUUAAUGUAAAUGCACCUUCGGAAUGCACACCUUCAGUUAGCUGUGAUCACAGUCAAGCUACCAUCAACCUUAUUUCUUCCCACCGUCCACUACAACAAACUCCAUCGGCUUUAUUGAACUACAAUGAGCUUAAUUCCCCAAAAUCUCAACUUAGUAUGCAUUCUGGAGAUCAUCAAUGUAGCCAUGCAGCAUUCUGCGACCAGCAGAGUUCACUGGUUUAUGGAUACCCUGGAUAUUUACCUUCACAAUCACCUGACAAAUUUAUAAAGUAUCAACAUUUUCAGAAACAUCGUCCCAAUGAACUACAUGCUCAGUAUAUUAUGAACUAUAAUGAAUCAAAAGGAAAAGUUGAGAGUUCUCCACAUCCUAUAGAAAGACAGCUUAACAGUAAAAAACACUCAAAGAGACACAUUAGCAAUGGGUUACCAGCAAUACCUAAAUCUCUGCUGAAUGAUGUGAAUAUGGCCCAUCCUCCUGUCACUUUGCCUGCCCAUCAGAUGCAAUAUCCAUUCCAAGAGGCUUCUUGGCUGCCACAAUUUCCAUAUUCCAUCCCAGUGCUCCCACCUGUAAUACAAAGAGUGGAUAGUGACUCUGAACUGUACCACGGAGAAGAAGAAGAAAAACAAAAGGCUGCAGUGCAUCGCAGCAACUCUGAAAGCUGCAUAACUCAAGUGCUAAAACAGGAGGGAUUCAGAGAAAAGCAUAUUUACAAGCCAUACACACUGAGUGACUACAAGAACCUAAAGCAAGAUAUAAAACUUGGGGGACUUGGGCCUGACUAUCACAGUGCUCAAGAAACUGCCGAAAAGCUCAGGCGUCAAAAAGAGUAUGCAGCACUCAUUAGAGAACUGAACAAAAAAUCCACGGUUCCUAUUUCUCCACAAAGUAAACCUCCACUGAGCCCUGGAAAUAAAAGAAUACUAUCAAGGCAAAAGGCUCUUGAAUAUGCAAAAAGAAUCCCAAGACCAAAACCAGCUAUAAAGGCAGAAAACAGCAAGUAUGAGGCCAGUGGAGAAAGUUACCAGAAGAUUUCUGACUAUGUUGAAGAAAUUGAUCUAUCACAACUUUCCAAGUUGAGAAUGCUUCAGCAAAGGCAUGAAAAAGAGAAAGAAGCCAUUGCUGCUUUUAGAGCAUUACAUGUCUCAUGAGAAGUGUUUUCUACAGUAGUUGGAUGUGCAUCAGUACUUUGCUUCGGUUUUAAACUUGAAAAAGAUUUUGAACUUCUAUCCGCAGAAUUCUUGGUAUUUUAAAAUGUUAUCCAAACAUUUGUAUAAUUUCGAUUGUGUCUCCAUAAUCCUCCUUUCUGGAGACAUUGCCACUGCUCAGAAAAAGUGAAUGACCACAGUGUCUUGCAUUAUCAAGUAGAUGUAGGAUGGAAUUCAGAGUUUUAUAGUUUACUAGAUUAAAAAUGAAUAUUUUUGCAUUGAUUUGCAAAUAUACAAUUGAAGUUUACCUUCCACAUUGGACAGGGGGAAUCUCUUGUGCAGCUGUCUGUCACCCCCUAUCCAGAAUUUGUACUUUGGCAAUUGUAGUUCUAGUUCAGUGUGUGUAACACAGUCAUAUUUUAUCACUAAUUAGUCAAUGACAAGGAUCAGAAUGCAGUUUUUGGUGAAAUUAGAACUGAAUUUUAUCCAGUCUAAAACGAAACAUUUCUUAAUAUGUGUGAAAAAAUAUCAGUGAACAUAGUAGUUCUAUGACAGCCCUUUAACAAAUACAGAACAAUGAUUCUUAAACAUAAAUCAAUGAGUGGCAUAGAGGAAUAAAGCCAUGACUGCAGCCCAGGUGACCAAGUACGAUUAGUGGCUCGGGUCAGGAAGGGAUGGUGGUUCUCACACCACCAUUGUAAUGAUAGAACCUUGGCUGGAAAACUGGAGCUCCUCAUAAUGUGUAGAGCCAGUGCAGGGAGGAUGUAGAGCGGGUGGCUGAAGGUGAUGACAGUAGCUUUUAUCAACAUGUGUGAGGGAGCACACAUGUGCAGACAGAAGGGCAUGGGUGGUUCAUGUGGUGACACAAAUGGUCAUGCUGCCAUCCAGAGUGAGGUUAGGCUAUUAGAAAUGCUCUUAUUGCCAGGAAGCUGGUGAGGGUGCAAACUCCCUGAUGUCUGUCUGUGUGACAGCCCCUCCAGAUGGUUCUCACCUAAGAGAUCUAAAAUGACAUUGCUCCUCAUCACUAGGGAACUAAUGAGUCCAUUAUGGGGUAGGCAGAGGUGUUGAAGCACAAAAAACACAUACUGCUGCCUCCAUUAAACCCUUUCAAAUAGGCAGUACGUGAUCUCACCAUCUCCCAGAAUAAGUAUACUUACACUCUAGGUCAGUGAUCAUAGGGCUGACUAGUUCCUUCUGAGGUAAGGUGAGAUUUUUGACACCUGUUGCACUCUUUUUAUUUGGUAGGCAACUAUAUUUUGUAAGCUUUCUCCGUGUCUCAUUGAUGCACAAUAACUCAUAAAUAAGUGCUUGCUCAUGCUAGAGUGAAUGCAGUGAUUACUCAAGACUGCUGUGUACUAGUUCAGAGGGUUUCUUCCUGCUCUAUUUUUGAGUAGCAGAGUUAGUUUAUAUAACUUUGGGGUGUGGAGG